UCUCCAUAAUAAGUUCUCUGGAUGGAUUUUCAUGUAGAAUUGCACAACUAGACUUCACAAGCAAGGCAUCCUAAAUUAUGAAAAUCUACAUUCUAUGGAUACAUGUCUAUCUGCUUCUAAUGAUGAUCAGUCAGAAAAGUUCAACCACCAUCACUCCAGAAAACACAAUUAGUAACAGUCAGCCCAUUGCCACCAGUAUAAUCCAGAACAGCAUACACAGUACCAGUCUGAAGAGCUCAACCAGUAUAAGCUGGGUUAGCAGGAGUGCUAGCCUCAUCAGCACAAUCAGCUCCAUGCAGAUAAGCCCAACUAGCACUAGUCUUACCAGUAAGGCUGAUAUCAUUCAACAUUGCAAAACUACCACCAGUACAAUUGAACAAAGUACAACCAGUGCCAGUCUCGCCAAUACAAGCAGUGCCAGCAUGACCAGCAUAACCACUACCAGUGGGGAAAGCACAACCAGUAGCAGUAUGACCAGCACAAGCACUACCAGCCAAGGAAACGCAACCAUUGCCAGCAUGAUUAACACAACCACUGCCAGCCAAGGAAACACAACCAUUGCCAGCAUGAUUAACACAACCACUACCAGCCAAGGAAACACAGCCAGUGCCAGCAUGAUUAGCACAACCACUGCCAGCCAAGGAAACACAACCAUUGCCAGCAUGAUUAAUACAACCACUACCAGCCAAGGAAACACAACCAUUGCCAGCAUGAUUACCACAACCACUGCCAGCCAAGGAAGCACAGCCAGUGCCAACAUGACCAACACAACCACUGCCAGCCAAGGAAACACAACCAUUGCCAGCAUGACCAACACAACCACUGCCAGCCAAGGAAGCACAGCCAGUGCCAGUAUGACCAACACAACCACUGCCAGCCAAGGAAACACAACCAUUGCCAGCAUGAUUAGCACAACCACUACCAGCCAAAGAAGCACAGCUAGUGCCAGCAUGAUUAGCACAACCACUGCCAGCCAAGGAAGCACAGCCAGUGCCAGCAUGAUUAGCACAACCACUGCCAGCCAAGGAAGCACAGCCAGUGCCAGCAUGACCAACACAAAUAUUAUCAGCCAGGAAAGCAAAACCAAAAGCAGCAUGACAAGUCCAGCCAGUAACAUCCAGUCCAGCAUGAUUCAGACCAAUAAUACCAGUAACAUCCAGACCAGCAUGAUUCAGACCAAUAAUACCAGUAACAUCCAGACCGGCAUGAUUCAGACCAAUAAUACCAGUAUCAGUCAGACUAGCAUGUUCUUUACCCAUUUGGCCAGUACAAGCAUUGUCAAUCUGAUCAACACAAACAGUGCCACCAGGACCAUCACAGUUACCACCAAUGUGGUCAGUGUCUCAGCUACAGCAUAUAAAACAUCAGCCAGCAGCACAUCAGCUGCCAUGGAAAGGGAGUGCAGUGUUUGGGACCCAUGGCACAAGACUGGCGAGGAUGAGGGAAGCAUGUGUGUGCCGUGCGAUUGCAAGGCGCUGCGCUAUGCUUAA